AUGCGCGAUACACCUUCAACAUCGUCCGACUCUGAGGAAGAACACUCCGAUACCUGCAACAGCGACGACAUGAACGAAGACACACGGGAGUACUACGAAGAACUUGCGCUAAAUCCACGUCGGCCCCGGUCAUUUGACCGCUUCCUCGAUCUACCAAAGGAGCUGCGUCUUAUGAUCUACGAAUAUGCGGCAGAUUGCCAACGUCGCUUUCGAUUCGUGAAUCGAUACGUUGCCAUCACGAACUACGAAUCCAUAACGCCCAUUCAUCUCACGUGUCGAGCAAUUUGUGCGGAGGCUGCACAUCUGAUGAAAUCUAUCGUUGAAGCACAGCGAGUCCCGCAAGCAAUGCGAGUCCCCCGUAUCAUCGUUAAUGAACGGUCAUGGGAUAAAAUGGACGGUAACAGUGAGGUUAUCAGCAAGAUUUGCAGAGUGUGCGAAGAAGCCAGAUCAAAGAAAGUCAGCGUAAAGAAGGUGGACAAAAUCAUGCGGAAAUCGGAUGCAGACCAAUAUGGCAAAACGGGUUGGCCAUACCACCAAUACUCCGAGCGAGCAUGCGAGGUCAUUGCCAACUUUGCCAACUCCGCGGCCAUGUAUUUCGCUCGGCACGAUCCUGAGAAGGCUCCUUCGUUAUCUUUUCCCCGAUUGUCCAACGAUGCUAUCGUAGUUUAUGUCGCGUUGGUAGAUGCUCCGAUUGAAGAAACUCCGUUCUUCCGGAGUUUCUUCAAAGACGUAGGAGUUGAAAUGCAACAGCAUGUCGGUCCUUGUAUGGACUCUACCGAGGACAUCCGCGAACGAUACUCUGUCAUUGGAGAGGAAAAUGAUUACGAUGGCAAGCACAGCGUCGUCCUGUACGAUGUAAGGCGGGAGCCACGAGAAUGGGAAGAGGGAGAACCUCCUCUUGAAGUCUACUACGAGGGUGUUAUUGAUGAAGAAGCUUGGGAGCGGGACUGGACAUAA